AUGAUUCAUCAAAAUAAUGAGCCACCAUUGAUAUCGACACAUCUGAGAUCGCCAAAUGUUCGGGAGUUCGUCUAUUCUACCCUUUUCCUUCUUCUUGUUGCUGGAUAUCUCGUUCGUACACAUCUUUUCUUUGUUUCCCAAGCCUAUAGUGAGUUACAGACAGAGUUCAAAAAGGUCAAAUCCUUGAUAAUUCUACCAUACAUGAUUGAGUUACGAAAACUUCUGGAUAGGUAUCCUACAACUGGAUUGAAUUCUUUCUGGUUAAAGAAUCUCUUUUUAGUUGCUCUGGAACAAUUAGGAGAUUUUCAAUAA